UCAGCCGAAGCCCAGCAGUUCCUCCUGCGCUGAGUGCCUGCCUAGGAGAGGGCCUGGCUGUGCAUAUGACUUCCAAGCCACCAGCAAGGGGGAAGGAAUGAGGGCCAUCUUGCUGAUGCUGCUGCCUGAGCAGGGAGAACUGGGCAGCAACCAAGCUUGGAGCGUGGUCUAGGGCAGCCCAGUGUGGUACACUACCACCGGAUCUCCACUGGGCUGCUGAAUAGGAGCAUUACCCCAAUGUCUGCAGCUGCGCCCCUGGCGAUGAUGUGGGAGGAGCUCACAUGCCCCAUCUGCCUGGAUCCGGUUGUGGAGCCUGUGAGCAUUGAAUGUGGCCACAGCUUCUGCCACAACUGCAUCUCUCAGGUCGCAAAAGAUGGGGGCGGCGUCUGUCCUGUGUGUCAGCACACCUUCUUGCUCCGGAACUUCCGGCCCAAUUGGCCACUGGCCAACAUGGUGGACAACCUUAAACAAAUUGGCCAGAGUGCCAAGGAGGGCACGCAAGGGGAGCGGUGCGGGAUGCAUGGGGAGAAACUGCACCUGUUCUGCGAGGACGAUGGGAAGAUCCUUUGCUGGGUGUGUUCCCAGUCCCAGACCCACCGUAACCACCACAUGGUCCCUAUUGAGGAGGCUGCUCAGGAGUACAAGGAGAAGCUCCAGGUGGCAUUAGGGAAGCUGAGAAAAGGACAACAGUUGGCUGAAGAGUUGGAAGUGGAUAUUGCAAUGAAGAGAGCAGCCUGGAAGAGUCAGGUUGAGACACACAAACUGAGGAUUCACACAGAGUUUUUGCAGCAGCAGAACUUUCUGGCUGAAGAGGAACAGAGACAGCUACAGAAGCUGGAGAUGGAGGAGAGGGAACACCUGAGAACUCUGGGGGAGAAGGAGGCCACACUGGCCCAGAAGAGCCAGGCCCUGCAGGAGCUGGUCUUGGAGCUGGACAAGAGGAGCAGGGGCUCAGCCCUGGAGCUGCUGCAGGAGGUGAAAAGUAUCCUGGAAAGGAGUGAGUGUUGGAACCUGAAGGAGAUGGACAUCCCCUCUGCAGACCUGAGGAGUGUGUGCCUUGUGCCAGGGCUGAAGAAGAUGCUGAGGACGUGUGGAGUACACAUCACUCUGGAUCCAUACACAGCCAAUCCAUGGCUCAUCCUGUCAGAGGAUCGGAGACAAGUGAGACUUGGAGACAGCCGACAGGAAGUACCUGAAAAUGAGGGCAGAUUUGACACUUAUCCCAUGGUCCUGGGUUCCCAGUUCUUGGACUCUGGAAAGGCUUACUGGGAGGUAGAUGUGACCGGAAAGGAGGCCUGGGACCUGGGUGUUUGUAGAGACUCUGUGCGGAGGAAAGGGCAUUUUUCGCUCAGUCCCGAGAAUGGCUUCUGGACAAUUUGGCUGUGGAACAAACAAAAAUAUGAGGCUGGCACCAGUCCCCAGACUCCCCUCCACCUUCAGGUCCCUCCAUGCCAAGUUGGGAUCCUCCUUGACUAUGAGGCCAGCACCGUCUCCUUCUACAAUAUCACUGACCACGGCUCCCUCAUCUAUACCUUCUCUGAAUGUGCCUUUGCAGGACCUUUGCGGCCCUUCUUCAGUACUGGCUUUAACGAUGAAGGGAGAAAUUCAGCCCCUCUUGUCCUCCGUCCGUUGGGGAUGGGAUGGUAGGGAUCCACUGACCACUGGUGGCACUCUCUGGACACCAACAGCCCCUCUUUCAUUGUCCUUCUCAGACCCUGACCCUGUCUCCUCUCCCCAUGAACUCUGAACCACUCUGUCGCUGCAGAGGUGUCAGGACACCAGCAAGCACUUUGGCGUGGAGUUCACUGAAAAUUUAUGUCAAAUGACCUUUACUAUCAACAUUCCUGCCUAGAUUGCUUUAUGAUUCCCUCUAUGAAACAAACUACUUGGCCCAAAUCACCUAGAUCAACCAAAACAUGUUUCUGCCUUCUUUAUAUGACUCGUCUCAUUUUUAUCGUCUCCAUCGCUAGGCCUCUGGUCAGAUCUCUAUUAUUUACCUUGCAGAGUUUGUAAAGGGGCUUCCUCUGUACAUGGGGCCUCAAUCUACCCAUUUGACCCUUGUUCUCAUAUAUAUCUAGGAUAAUUAUUCUGAUGUAUACACAUCUGAUAAGUGGCUCCACACCACCUAUAGAAAAACAACCAUACUUUGAAAAUAAAGGCUGACUGAUGCAGGCCUUAGUCUUCCACGUUAUAUAUCAAGCCUACAGUGCCCCUUCCCCCAUCCCUGCCGUGCUCUCCCAACCUCAUCUUGUUGAUAAUGGAGUUGGUUAAAGUGUACAUCAAUCUAAAUGGAAGAGGUAAUGGUUUUUUGAUAUGUCAGCUUGGCUAGGCUCUAAGCCAUCAGUUUUUCAAUCACAAAUCUAGAUGUUGCCAUGAAGGUAUUUUGUAGAUAUUAUUAAGGUCUAUAAUAUUUGACUUUAGGGCCACCCAACGUAUCCAGGACAAUCCCCCUUAAUCUAAUCAAGUGAAAGACCUUAAAAGCAGACCUGAAUCUUCACUGAAGAUAAUCCAUCUAUAAAUAGCAGCUUCAGCACAUGCCAGAGUUCCGGCCUACCCUGCAGAAUUUAGGGCCUGCCUUUCCAAUCCCCACAGUUAUAUAAGUGAAUUCCUUGCGAUAAUUCUAUGCAUGGUUCCUACUAGUUCUGCUUCUUUGGUUGAACCUGACUGAUGUGAAGGCCAUGACUGAGGUAAUGGCAUCACCUGGCGACAGCGAACACUUUCUUGAAUGUAAGCUCUUAAGGCUGGAAUGAUGAAGCUCUACACCCAGGCAGCAGGAGGCUGUGAGAGAACCAAUAUUCUUCCAGCAACCUGAUUCUUUGUCUAAAAUAGAAUCUUCCUACUCUAUCAUCUUCCCAGCCUCUUCCUGAGAUUCUAAGCUGUCUUUGUCCCAUGGAUACAACUAGUUAACACCCACAUCGGCAUAAAUAACCCAGAAAAUGACCCAAAGCCUGGCAGAACAAACUCCACAACUAAAGGCAGAGAAGAGGCCAUACUGAAGAGGGUAGAAAGAGUGGAGAUGCAGUCAUGAGCUAAACAUAUCAAAAGCUGGGCCCUCCACAGGAGAAAGGGAGCCAGUGGCACAGAGAAGAACAAGAAGCAGCCUACCACAUUGGGGCCUGCACAGGGAAAACAAAUCCCCAUAACCUUUGGCUUUGAAAACUAGAGGAGAUGAAUUUCUUAAGUUCUUACAACCCAUGGGACUUAAAGCCUGGAAUUUUAAAAAUCAGCUGGCUUAGCUUUGGGAAAGGACAAUAGGAAGUUGAGUGUCCACCUUAAAGAGAUAGCAGGACAAACAAUCCUCAAAUAUGCAGCAUAGAAGCAGCAGUUUAAAAACACCUGGGGCAUGUAGGAGGGAGAGUUACUCAUCUCAGAGCCUAUGCCAGAGGGGCAGGGCUUGCUGAGAAACUCAUCCACCAGACACCACCUCCCUCCCACAAUGCCCAGAAUAAACAUGGCCAUCUACAAGAAACAAUAUGAUGCCAACACUCACUACCUAACUUGCUUAUAAGAGACACCACCCACCCACAUAUCAGUGGGUCUGCCCUUUCUAAUCAUGCUUGCCUCAUUCCCAGCACUGCUGACCCCUCCCUCAGAAGACCAUUGCAAACUUUGCCAACACUACAUCCAUCAGCCAUGCAUUUUGUGGAGCCUUAGUCCUGGAGGCAGCUGCAGUGGCAGCAGCUCUCAUUUCACUAGGAGACCAUGGUGCAUCCUGUUAAACCGUGUGCCCCAGCCUGGUCUCAGAGGUGGCAGCUGGCCUCUUGCAGGCACAGCACACUCCACCUCCUCCAAUAUGCUCCUUACCAGAGCCCAUUCAAAUGAGGGCCACAAGCCGGGCAGUGUGACUCCAAGGUGACUCCUUCCCUGGGUUGAGAAGACAAUCACAUACUUCAGUCAGAAGGAUACCCCAGCAGUGGACUGGAGGGAGACAUCUGUUCUGACUACAGAUUGCCCACCAACAAAAAUUUCUCAGGGACAACACAGGAAAAGAACCCUGCACUUUGGUGCUACUGGAUCUCUGGCAAAUGCUUGGUCUGACUAAACUCAAGACCAGCAGGCUCCAACCUGGUCUAGUAACACCACAGAGACCAAACACUGCCCACAACAGACCAGGAAAACUACUGUAGACAACUGGACUAAAGGAAAAAGCAGCUAAGACACAACAGCAGGGCAUAUGCACACACAUAGGCAAUACUUCUGAAGUGCCAGAUUCUGGUGAACAGGGAACACUACACCACAGGGUACUGCAGGACCUCUCCUUCAUAUGGCCAUUACUUUCAAGAGCAGGAGACAGAGCUGACUGCCCUAACACAGAAACACAGUAAGACAAAAUGAAGAGAGGGAUAUGUCCCAGGUGGAAGAAUAGGACAAAACCACAGCAAGAGACCUAAACAAAACAGAUAUAAUAUGCCUGGUAGAGAAUUUAAAGAUACUGGACUUGAGGAAAGAGUGGGGAACAUCAAGGAUACCCUGAAUAGUGAGAUAAAGAACCAAUCAGAAAAGAACACAAUAAAAAUUAAAAAUACACUAGAUGAAAUAAAUUGCCGGCUCAAGAAAGCAGGAGAAUUAAUUAGCAACCUGGAGGACAGAGUAAUAAAAAGUAAUCAAGUGGAAAAGAUGAGAGGGACGCAAUUAAAAUGCAAAUUGAGAAUAGACAGGGAAUUUAGUGACCCCAUCGAGUGUAAUGACAUUUGCAUUAUAAGGAUCCUAGAAGAAGACAAGAGAGAAGAGGACAGACAAUUUAUUUGAAGAAAUAAUAGCUGAAAACUUCCCUAAUCUGGAGAAGAGAACAAAUUCAUAUUCAGGAGGCACAGAGAUCCCCCAAUAAAAUCAACCCAAGAAGGUCCACAUGAGGACGCAUAGGAAUUAAAAUGGAAAAAGUAGUGAUAAGGAGAGAAUUUUAAAAGCAGCAAGAUAAAAGAAGACAGUUACAUACAAGGGAAAAAUCCAUAAGGCAACUGUAGAUUUUUUAGCAGAAACUUUGUGGGCCAGAAAGGAGUAGCAUGAUAAAUUCAAAGUGCUGAAAGGAAAAAAUCUGCAGCCAAGAAUAUUCUACCCAGAAAGGCUAUCAUUCAUAAUAGAAGGAGAAAGAGUUUCCCAGAAAAAGAAACACUAAAGGUGUUCAUAACCACUAAACUAGCCCUCCAGGAAACUUAAAAGUGACUCUUUAAGUGGUAAGACCAUAAGGAAGGUAAGAAAAGUAGCAAGCACAAAAACAGUAAAAAAUGAGUAUAUCUGUAAAAAACAGCCAAGAGACUCACAAAAUAAAAAGACGUAUGACACCAUAUGCCUAAAACAUGGGGGAGAGGAGUAAAGAAUGAGUCUAAUAUUAAGCAACCAUCAACUUAAUAUAGGCUGCUACAUGCAGAUGUUAUAUACACAACUCAAAAACCAGUAAUAAGCAUGCAAAAAAAAAAAAAGAAAUCCAA